AACGGACGGGCAGACAGAGCGAACGAGCGCUCGCGCAACUGGAGGGGAGGGGGAGACGCAUUCUCACCGAGUACACACACGCAUUGGCUACAUCUACUGUAGACAAAUUCGUGUUUCAGUGAUGUGUCUGUGUAUCCGCUGUAUAUCUGUUGAAACCAUUUCAUCAUAUGGCUGAGUUAUGUUUAGUAGAGAAAUUAUGUACAGUUUCUUACACGGUAUUUUUUUCACGUAAUCUUGUCUUAUUACCCCCCUGUUUGUUAUUUCGAUAGGCCGUUAUUUUGUCGUCCACCCCCUCUCUCUCUUUUUCUCUCCAUCUCCUUUUCCUCUCUUUGGGAGUGCGACGCUCUUCGAAUAAGCUUCUGAAAUAAUAAGCCUGCAGUAGCCAACUACCAUGUCCUCCUCAGUGACUGCUUCCUGUGAAUAAGAGGACCAGAGUGAGAGCAUCCAAUCACAACCAAGAGCCUCCACCAGCACAUCUUUCCAGUGAGAGAGAGAGAGAACGAGAUAGAGGCCAAAGAGAGAGAGAGAGAAAACGAGUGCAGGAAGGAGAGGGGGAGAGAGUGAGAACAGUCGAUGGAUGCUGUCCGGAUUGAGGGGACAGCGCAUUCUUCAUUAACGAGGAAAAGAAAGAUUUCAAAAUGGAGUCGAAGGAUAGAAACUCGGCGGCAGGGAUGGUUUGUGAGAAGGGGAUCCAGAUCCUCCUCACCACCGUGGGGGCCUUUGCAGCCUUCUGCCUGAUGACGGUUUCUAUAGGGACGGACUACUGGCUGUACUCCCGCGCCUCCAUCUGCAACAGCACCCGCAACCACUCGGACGACCCCCACAACAAGGACAAGAAGGACCCCGGAGCCCUCACCCACUCUGGCCUCUGGAGGAUCUGCUGCCUGGAAGGGGUGAAGAGGGGAGUGUGUUCUCAGAUCAACCACUUCCCUGAGGAUGCUGACUUUGACCAUGAUGGGCCUGAGUAUGUUCUACGUAUGGUCAGGGCUUCCAACAUCUUCCCUAUCCUCAGUGCUAUCCUGCUGUUGAUGGGAGGGGUGUGUAUCGGUCUCAGUCGUUUCUAUAAGCACAAGAGGAACAUCGUCCUGGGAGCAGGCAUUCUCUUUGUGGCUGCAGGUCUGAGCAACAUCAUCGGUGUGAUCGUGUACAUCUCUGCAGCACUGGGAGACAUCUCCCCUAAGAAGGACGAGGACAAGAAGUGGCAGUACAGUUACGGCUGGUCCUUCUACUUCGGAGGCCUGUCCUUCAUCAUGGCUGAGAUGGUGGGCGUUCUGGCCGUCAACAUCUACAUAGAAAAGAACAAGGAGCUUCGCUGCCGAUCGCGCACUGACAUCUUCAAGGGGACCACGCACGCCAUGCUCCGCCUACCCAGCUACCGCUUCCGCCGUCGCUCCCGCUCUUCAUCCCGCUCCACCGACCCCUCACGCUCCCGAGACCCCUCGCCGGUGGGGGGAGGUGGGGGGAAGAACUUUGGUCUGCCCCCCUCGGCCAUGCUCUCCCAGGGGCCCAUGUCUGUGUCCACGCUGCCCAACCCUCAUUCUCGCUCCCACACCACCCUGGCGGGGGGCGACAUCUCCCUCUACACGCUGUCCCGCGACCCCAAGCUGGCUGGCCUGCCCCCCAUGUACGGCACCGUGGACCGCGCCACCCUCUACCAGCUCCACAACUGCUUCCCCAAGGAUGGGGGAGGAGGGGGAGGAGGGGGUGGAGGGGGAGGGGGAGUGAUGAUGAGCGGCACGCUACCCUCUCUGAAAUCCCACAACCCCUCACUGUCCCAGAAUUCCUCCAACUCCAACGCGCCCAUGGGCAACUCAGUGGGCUCGGGGCCCCCACCCUUCUCCUCGUCCACGGUGGAGAGAGAACGAGGGAUGGGAACGCUGGACAGGCUGAAGGGAGAUAGAGAGAGCAACUCCAAUACACUCAACAGGAAGACAACACCCGUGUAGAGAGGAGGGGAGAGAGGGAGAGAGGGAGGGUACACAGGGAAGGAAGAGAGGGAGAGAUAUAUAGAGAAGGGGAUUGGGAUAAAGGAAUGGAGAGAAGAGAGAGAGUAAAUGUGGGAGUGCUAGAUCUCUCCCAUCAUUUUCACUGUUAGAAGUAGUCUACAAAAUCUCACUGAGAAACAAAAGAAAACAAGUAAUAACCGAACGUGAUAAUUACAACAAUAAUGAACUUUCACAACAAAGCUAUUUUACUAUUUUAACGCACUAGAAAUGAUUUAUUUUGUUAAUGAUCCAACGCGAUUAACCUUGGGCUACUAUUUAAAACAAUCCACUUUCUUUAGUGCAAUACUAACGCUGAUUUAACGAGAUAAUAUUUGACAUAAAUUGUUGUUGUGAUUAUUAUUAGCGUUAUUACGAGCUAGCUCUGUUUGCAAUGCUAUCGUUUUAGAAUGAUGAUAUGAUUUGUAUGAUUUUCACUCUGAUUUUGGAUCCUGACGAUGCUUACUGUGAGUUUCUAAACACAGACACGCUGGUAUGAUCAGUGGGCUGUGUAACUGUGUCAUUGGUGUCAAGCAUGAGUGUAUACAACGUAUGAGAAGAUGAGAGUGCGUAUUAUGAUUUACAGUACCAGUCAAAAGUUUGGACACUCCUACUCAUCAAUAGUUUUUCUUUAUUUUUGCUA